AUGGGUCUCCGCGCCUGCAACAAAGUUGAAACCCUAUCUGCCAAAGAUGUCUACUUCAAACAUUUUUCCUUUGAACAACAUCCACGGUACUUCAUACGAACACCCACAGGAGUUUCUCAAGGAUACAAUUACAUGCCCAGAGAUUACCACACAAGUACAUCCCCUUACCCAAUCAAACCUCUCUACGAAGUACCCCAACCAGACAUCAUCGCACCCUCUGAUCCCCAACUUCCUGUACAACUAUCCCACUCCUAUGGCAUUUAUCAUCACACCAUGAACCCCAUUUUCCUUUUUCUCCCAUACAUUAAACCCGUCUCCACAUCUGAAGACGUCAUCCGUAUGAUGGGACAUGUCCUCUUGGAAACCCAACUCCACAUGACCCUACACACCCUGCAAGACGGAUUCCAGUUUCUAGGUAACAAUGAAGAAAAAUGGCUCUCUGCCAACACUGUAAAAUUACGCUUCGGUCUAUACACCGAUACCGCUCUACUGUUCCCUACCUUUCGUCGUUAUGCAUAA